ACGCCGCGCGUUCCUCAGUCUCGCUUCGCGCGUCCAGCGAGCCGCACGUGAGGUGGAUGUGUUUCUCUCUCGCGAACGGACACGAUCGGCGAUUAGGUGUGCGUCGUACUCUGCCACCGUGUGUAGUGGCGUUUUUAUUUCUAAUUUCGACUGAGUACUAUUAUAGGGAACAUCGCUCACCAGAACGAAGAUGGCGAUCUCCUUUCUCUAAAAGGUUGCUGUAUCCAAAGCAAGACACCACCGAGUGGGCCGAGAAUGGCAUAGGGCGCAGGGCAAACGAUCGAUCGGCAGUAUGUGUUAUGUGAUAGUUACCGGACGCAGUCUGCUGUGGACGCUCUUGUCUUUGACAGCGUUGAUGGCCGUUUUAUCGGGCCUCAUCACUCCGAGAUGGCUCGUCGGACCACCAACGAUUAAAGACACGAGAAACGGCACGGAACUGUACACACCCACCGUCGGGAUCUUCAACCGUUGCACGAGAUUGUACGGCAGGUUGCAUUGCGCGAACUUCAACGUGGACGGUCUCGCGACGGACCCCAACGUUUUCCCCGGAUGCUGGAAGGCCUCCUUGUUCUUCUUGUCCUCAGGCUUGGCGGUGAUGUCGAUUACUGUGAUAGCUGCUCUGCUGGGAUGCUGCGUGCAGAGUAUCGGCCGCAAGAGCAUCUUCAAUUUGGCGGGUGUGGCGCAGGCCGUAGCUGGAAUACUUUAUCUCUUCGGGAUGAUCCUGUAUCCUGCAGGAUGGGGCGCCGAGAGGGUACAGAGGAUCUGCGGUCCUGAAGCCGACGCUUUCUAUCUCGCCAACUGCAGUCUUGGCUGGGCCUUUUACAGCGCGACGAUCGGCGUUGUUCUCACCUUCCUCUGCGCUGCUUUCAGCGGACAGGCGGAGAAGUCGACCGCCAGCGACAAAAUUCAGGAUAAAAUGAACGAAGGGAAGACCCUGAUAUGUUUGGCAUAAGCAGCUCGAUCAAAUUAGCGAGGGGUUCAGUCUCGCCAAGCGAUCGACGUAUCGGUACGAAGUAUCGGAAAGGACCGCUCGAGAAGAACCGAUGGAAAACUGGAAGUGUUCACCUCAUUGUGUUCACUAUGCGACCCGGACGACGAAAAUUGCUGUCGACCAAAUUACUCGCAAUCGAAUAAAAAAAUAGCCAUGAUUAAUCGCGAUAUCGGAAAUGAGUAUUCACAAGAUAUCUGUAUGUCUGCAGAGUGUUCAUUGCCUUCUAUACGUUAUAUUUUAUCGUGUAUAUCUCUUUGUGUCAAAGAAAUAUAAGGUGAAUCGCUGUCACGCA